AUGCAGUCAAUCCCUAAUGGAGCCUCUGCAACUCCUAGCUCCCCAAACAUGACGACACCCGAAGAACAAACAAACACACUCACAACCAUGCCUGAUCUCGAGAAAUUGGGCAAAGAGCGCCCGCAGACCUUUUCAGGGCGAUGGCCUGAGCUAGCGUUCUGUUUCUCCAUUGUGAUGUCCCAAAUACUAGCAGAAUUUUAUAUAACAGGGUCUAACGUUCUACUUCCGACUCUUAUAAAAGAAGUCGGUAUUCCCCCCGCCUCGACAAUAUGGCCUACCACCGCUCUCUCCCUCGCCGUCACCUCAACACUCCUCAUCUUCGGCCGCUUGACUGACAUGUACGGUGGCUAUGUCGUCUACAAUGGCGGAGCUAUCUGGCUGACAGUCUCGUCAAUCCUCUGCGGCGUAUCUCAGACAUGGUUGAUGUUGAUUUUCUGCCGAGCAUUGCAAGGCUUAGCUCUCGGAGCUUUACUUCCAUCCGGAAUGAUGAUUCUGGGAAGUACGUACCGACCAGGUCCACGAAAGAACUUAGUCUUCAGCAUUUACGGGGCUUGUGCAGCUUUGGGCUUCUUUGCUGGAUUUUUCAUCUCGGGUAUUUGUGGCCAGUAUUUGAGCUGGAGAUGGUACUUUUUCAUCGGUGCUAUUUUGUCAGCGAUCAUGGCUAUUUCGUCGAUUUUCUCUGUUCCCCGUGACUACUCAGAGAAGCGCAAACUGGGAAUACGAAUGGAUUGGAUUGGGUUCUGCUUGUCUAUCUCGGGGGCGACGCUAUCUGUUUUCGCCAUUGCGGAUAGCUCUUAUGCCCCCCAAGGCUGGAGAACGCCGUAUAUUCCGGUACUCUUUGCCAUCGGCGUCAUUUUGCUUGGUGUCAUGGCCUACCUUGAAGGAUGGGUUAUUGAAAAUCCUUUGCUUCCUGGUGACAUAUUCCGGGUCAAGUUCAUGAAGCCGUUGGUACUUGCAUUGCUUUGUCUUUACGGAAGUCUCGGUAUCUUCCUCCUCUACGGAGUCCUAUACAUGUCGGAGUUCAUGGGUGCCACUCCUCUUCAAAUUGUGGCGUGGACAGUACCGAUGGCAGUUGGAGGUCUCAUCCUCUCAGUCACGGGAGGCUUCAUUCUUCAUAAAGUAUCGGGAACGGUACUGAUGAUUAUCUCCUGUCUCGGAUACGUCGGCUCGGGGCUUUUAUUUGCCGUAAUUCCACCCGGAGGAAAUUACUGGGCUUAUGUUUUCCCGGCGAUGAUUUGUGGCACCAUCGCGAUCGAUAUCAGCUUCAACUUGGCGAACAUUUUCAUUACGACUAGCAUGCCGAGGGCAAAGCAGGGCCUGGCUGGUGCUUUGAUUUACUGUACCAUGCAUAUGGGAAUCGCCGUCAUGCUGGGGUUUGCAGACAUCGUUGAAACUCAAUUGAAGCAGCUUGGUACGCGAAAGAGCUACAAGGCAGUGUUUUGGUUCCAGACGGGACUCUGUAUUCUUGGGCUUCUGAUUGUUUUGGGAUUUGUGAGAAUUCGACACGCCAAAAGCGAAUUGACGGUGGACGAAAAGGAGACAUUGCAGUCAGGAAAUGUGAAUACGAGGCAAACUGAAGAAGUCUAA